CGGGGCGCGCAGAGACGCAGCGCAGGAUCAGUUUCGGGAACAGCGGGGAAAGGCUGGCGACACGGUGUCACGCUUGCUAAGAGUAACGCAGACGGCUGUGGCAACAAUGACCAAGUUUCUAACGCAAGAUCAGAUUAACGAGUACAAGGAGUGUUUUUCCCUCUAUGACAUGAAGCAGUGCGGGAAGAUCGCAGCCGGGGAGCUGCUCACGGUGAUGCGCUGUCUGGGCUGCAGCCCCACCCAGCCCGAGGUGGAACGCCACCUGCUGCUGAAUAGGAUCGACAGGAAUGGUGAGCUGGACUUCUCCACCUUCUUGACCAUCAUGCACCGGCAACUCCAGCAGGAGGAGCCCCAGGAGGAGAUCCUGGAAGCCAUGAGGAUGACAGAUAGGGAACAGAAAGGCUACAUCCUGGCAUCAGAGCUCCGCACCAAACUCACCACGCUGGGAGAGAAACUUACCAAUUCAGAGGUGGACGAGCUGCUGAGGAGGGCCGGCGUGGGAGCUGAUGGGCGUGUUCACUAUGAGGAGUUUGCUAAGGUGGUGACCCAGUCCUUUGUGAAGUACUGA